AUGGAAUUAUUCCAACCAGAUUUUACUUUGUUAUCUCAAAAUGAUAAUAACAACAAUAAUGUUUCUGAAAAUAACAAUAAUAAUAAAAUCUUAGAUUCUAAUAAUAAAUUAGCAGGAAUUAUUGCUAGUAAAAAUAUUAAAAAUAAUAACUAUAAAUUAAAUCAGAAUGUAGUCAUCAACAAUAAAAAUAAUCCUGACAAUACUACGAUAGUAGAUAUAAAAAGAAUUAUCAAUGAUAAAGAUUUGAAAAAAAAUUCAAUACCACUUCAUCUUCAUCAUCUUCAUCAUAAUCAUAAUGAUAUAAAUUCUCCUACUAAUGCAUUAAUAAAAUCAGGCCCUAUUUUACAACGCUCUAUCCCUACUAUAUUUAAACCAAAUUCUUCAUCAUCAUCAUCUUAUUAUUCAAAUUAUAAUGGAACUGGGAAUGGGAGUGAAAUUGGGAAUGUUAAUAUACUUAAUAGUACUAAUGCUAUUGGAAACAAUAGUUACAAUAUAAAUAAAGUUACUAAUUCUAUAAAUACAAAUACAAUUACAAAGACGUCAUUAUCUGUUUCAUCUGCUUCUACUGCCUCUUCGGUAUCAUCUUCAUCGUCAAAAUUAAGACCAACUUCAAAUUCAACUUCAAAUUCAUCGUUAAAUAAUCAAUCGGAUCAAAUUAAUAAUCCAUCUACUUCUUCAAAUUCAAGUAUAAAGAGUUCUGAAACAGAUAUUAACAAUACAGGUAAUAUGUUUACCAAAUCAAUUUCUUCCGAUGUAAUUACUACUACUAAUAAUAAUAAUAAUACUAAUAAUAUGACUUUCCACAAUGAUUCUAACAAUGUAAGACAGAUUAGGAAAAAAUGGAAAGAAAUGGAAAACAUUGCAUUAUUAAAAGUUUUAUUGAAUUAUUCAUAUCUAUUAAAUUAUGUAGAAUUUUUCAAACCGAUGAAAAAUUUUUGGUUAAAAAUAUCUAAAGUGUUAUUAAUUGAAUAUUCUAUUAAAAGAAAUCCAAGACAAUGUCAUGAUAGAUUUAAAGUAUUAUAUUUAAAAUCAUUUAAAAUCAAUAAUUCUCCAAUGAAUAAUUUAUCUAGUCAAUCACAAUUUGAUGAAACAGAUAAUCCUAAUCAUAAUGAUUCAACUACGAUUUAUAACAAUGAAUUAAAUCAUUUAUUAUUACAAAUUAGGAAGACUUUUGGGUUUUCUAAUGGUAAUAUUAUUUUGAAAAAUGUGCAUUCGCAUAAAAAUAUAAAUAAUGAUUCGAGUAAUAAUAACGAACAACAUGGUACAAACAUAAAUUCCUCGAUGCUUGAUCAAGAUAAUUCAAAUAUUAAUACAGCAUCAAUGAUUCAAUGUGAUAAGAAACAAUAUAUGGAUACAAUGUUUCAAUCUAUUUAUAAUAUUAUUACAAAUUUACAAAAUCAAGUAGAUAUCUUAAAGAAUCAAGUAGAUCUUAUGGAUAAAAGAUAUACUGAACAAAAUUUGAUGUUUCAAAAUAUGUUUUUCCCUAAUUCAAAUAUGAAUCCUACAGCUAAUGAAAAUUUAAACGCAUCAUCGAUAAAUAAUCAAAAUUCAAUAAACUUGCAACAACAGACGAGUCAAACACAAUCAAAUCAAACGCAAUCAACUCAACCACAAAGUAUCUCACAACAAUUUAAUACUUUUAUGAAUCAAUAUUCAAACAUCAAUUUCAACAACACCAAUGUAAAUACAGCAGUCAAUGGGCAAAAUACUAACCAAAGCAAUAAUAUUAUUUCCAGUCCUACAGCAUACUCUCAAAUACCAAGCGCAUACCAAUCAAAUCACAAUUCUUCCUUCUCUGCACAAAACCCCACUCCAAAUAUACCAACUAUUUUAUCAAGAAGUGUUAAUCCUAUUACAAACUCGCUUCAUAAAAAUACAAUUUCAAGCAAUCUAUCUACUUCUUUACCCAUUAGUUCGACUCUAAGAGCCCCAGACGUUAUCAUUCCCAAUGUUCAAAUACUUUCUACUAGCACAAUAACAAAGAUUGGCACUGAAGCUGAAAACGAUGAUCAUAAUAAUAGUGAAUAG